UGGAAUUUGACGAUGUUUCAGUACCGACCGAUCUGCAGAACGUAAUCAGUAAUCGUUUGUAUGUAGCCAUGCUAUGCUCGGCGAUUCUGACGAGAAUAUAUGUGAGUCAAAUUUUUCAUUUGAAGAGGAAAAAUUCACCUACCUAGUGAUACAGAAGGAGAAAAUCAGUUCGCACAAGUUUGGGAACAGUUCAUCUUCACCUACCAUGAGUGCAAACAAAACGAAAAGGCCAGUUGAAAUAAGCAUUGAACGGAUACGACCAGAGCUAUUUUGUGUUCAUUGCCAAUGGGAUAAACCAAACGAUCCAGUUCCCGCAGACAAGAAUGCAAACUUGUUAGCUAAUUCGUUCGCGGGAUUUUCGUUCAAGGGGCCUCAGCAGCAACAAACUCAGCCCUCGUCCUUUUUCGGGACAACAACUGCUGCGGUACCAGCACUCACGCCCGUUUUCGGUUUUACGACCAGCGUACUAUCAACAUCGACAUCAACAUCGACAUCAACAUCAACAUUGUUUGGGAGAGCAGUUCCCGCAAACAAAAAUACGAACUCGUUUGGUAAUUCGUUUGCGGAAGUUCCGUACAAGUUGUCUCAGGAGCCACCAGCUAAACCUCUCUCUUCUUUCGGGACAACGACCAGCAUACCAACAACAUUUUGUUUUAGUUCUCCAGAAAGCAAGGCGACUCAACAACAGCAGACUUCCAAUCUUGAUGCAGAAGCCAAAGCGAAAAGCUCCAAGACGUCAGAGUUUCCAUCAAGAUUCUUCAACAAUACCUUCGGCCAACCUGAAGCCAAAAAUGAGUCGGUCAAAUACGUUGCUGAAUUCACAAUAAACCAGCAGGCAUACCUUUUAAAAGCAUCGUUCACUACGUCUACGUGCAACAUUGUGGGAUCGUUAGCCUUGAAGCAAGUCCACACGAAAUCCUGGCUGGCCACCGACAAGGCAAUAGUCGAUAAUGGAUCGGGCGACGUCGAUGACCUUGUGGAAAAAGAUGAUAUCCAGUUACCAUCGGCUGUUUGGGCGAAUUUCAGUGGAAUCGAAAAGAAAUAUCACAAUCUUACGUUAUCGAGUUUGGAUCAUUCCUGGGUGUCGGAUGAUUUUGAUGGGAGUUUCGCCCGUUUGACGAGCUUUACUGUCUGUCCCAACACUUGGAAACCGCUGGCCUGCUCAGUAUGGGUCCAGUUCGGAACUUCUAAUAUGAGAGAAAAGAAAGCUCUUAAGCAAAUCACAGACUUGUAUGUCGAACAGACCUACUGCGACGUGGAAUUCUCCCUCAGAGGCGACCACCACAUUGGGGGACACCGAAAUAUACUGAUGGCCAGGAGUCCUGUGUUUGCCGUGAUGUUUCAAAACGACCUGGAGGAGAAAACCCCUGGCCAAGUUAAGAUUGAAGAUUGUGAACCAGACAUUUUCAAGCAGCUUCUUCAUUACAUCUACGUUGGCAGGACAUCAACUUCGUUAACUGAUGCAAUGGCUCAAUCGUUGUUCGCGGUGGCCGACAAAUACGACAUCCAAGACCUGAAAGAAGAGUGUGCCACUUUUCUGCUGACCUGUCUUAGGAUGGACAAUGUGAUCGGGCUGUUGGUCUGGUCUCAUCUUCACUCAGUUGAAGAGUUAAAAGAAGCUGUGCUCACCUACAUGGCCCGUAAUGGCAAAGAAAUUUGUCUUUUAAAAGAUUUGGAGGAACUAGCCAAGAACUAUCCGGACCUCUCCGUCUUGGCAUUUCGGCGUAUGAUGAGUUGUACAGUCCAUUGAGUACAAGAGUCAAUACGACGCAUUGAUCAAACCUUUCAUGUCUUUUAAUUUAAUGUUUUAUGGAUAUAGAAAAUACAAAGAAGAAUAACCUAC